AUGAAGCAACUGGACAGAUCAACCCGUGAGGCUGAGCUGGGCCUGGAGUAUGGGAUCCCCACCAUGAACCUGGCUGGUCAGAGCCUGAAGUUUGAAAAUGGCCAGUGGGUGGCAGAGUCAGGAAGCUUCACGGGGGAUCGCAGGGAAAUGCAGCGCUUGCGCAAACGCAACCAGCAGCUGGAGGAAGAAAACAACCUCCUUCGGCUGAAGGUGGACAUUCUGCUGGACAUGCUCUCCGAGACCACAGCUGAAUCCCACCUGAUGGAGAAGGAGCUGGAGAAGCUGAAGCUCCACAGCCAGAGGAGGAAGUGA